AGUAAGAAUUUCCGUUCACUGCAGGACCAGUUGUCCUGUGUACAGACUCCCCAGGAGAGAUGCACAACAGAGGAGUGGCAGAAGGUGCCCACCAGACCCAGGGCUGCUCAGGCUAGCGUGGUAGAGGCUCCCCAGGUACUACUUGGGAACAGUAGCAGCCUUGGAGGAGAAGGACAAAGAGGAAGUCUCCAGGGGGGAUGGUGCCACUGAACGCAUGACAUACGGCGCAGAGAGGGAGCACCAGGAGGAAGAAAUGCCGAGUUCUCAUCAUUGCAGAUUCCAUCCUGGGGGGGAACAGAGGGUCCCAUCUGCUGACCCAACCCCAUAGCAUGGGAGGUCUGUUGCCUGCCUGGGGCUCGGAUUCAGGAUGUCACAGAGAGGAUCCUGGCCUUCAUUCAACCCUCGGACCAGUACUCCAUGGUCCUAAUCCAUAUGGGAACAAAUGACACAGCCGGGGCAACCCAGACCUCAUCAUGAAGGACUACAAGGCCUUGGGGGCCAAGCUCAAGGAGAUGGGGGCACAGGUGGUAUUCUCCUCUAUGCUCCCAGUAAGUAGAUGUGGACAGCGUCAUGAGGCCUGCAUCAAUGAAGUUAACUGGAGGCUUUGGAGUUGGUGCCACCAGGCAAGUCUCAGGUUCCUGGACAAUGACCCAUAUUUUCAUGCAGGGGGCAUGCUUGGGUGGGAUGGGCUUCACCGCUCCCCUAAAGGCAAGCAUGUCUUCUUUUCCAGGUUGGCUGAUCUCGUACGGCAUACUUUAAACUAGCUCGCUGGGGGAUGGGGCCACAGGAGGACACGAGAACACCUCCCAGCCAAGACAAGUGACAAGCACAAGAAAUACCCAGGGACCGGGACUUCUCCCCCACUGGGAUUCAGGAUGGACUCAGAAAUGACUCUGCCAGGCCUAGGAGCUGCAAUGUCAGACAAAAGUGAUUUAAAAGCAGAGUUGGAGCGCAAAAAGCAGCGGUUAGCACAAAUAAGAGAGGAGAAAAAACGGAAGGAAGAAGAGAGGAAAAAGAAAGAGGCUGAUCUUCAACAAAAGAAAGAACCAACCCAGGAGGAUUCAGAUCUAGACCGCAAAAGAAGAGAGACUGAGGCUUUAUUACAGAGCAUUGGUAUAUCCCCAGAACCACCUCUAGUCCCAACCCCUAUGUCUCCCUCUUCGAAAUCAGUGAGCACUCCCAGUGAAGCUGGCAGCCAGGACUCAGGAGAUCUGGGACCAGUAGGAAGGACCCUGCAAUGGGACACAGACCCCUCAGUGCUGCAGCUCCAGUCUGACUCUGAACUUGGACGCAGACUGCACAAGCUAGGUGUGUCAAAGAUUACCCAGGUUGAUUUCUUACCUCGGGAAGUGGUGUCCUACUCCAAAGAAACACAGACCCCUCUGGCAACACAUCAAUCUGAAGAGGAUGAGGAUGAUGAAGAGAUGGUGGAACUGAAAGCACAGAAUGACUCAGAAAUGGAAAAUCAAGAGCAGAAACAGGAAGUCAAAGAAGCUCCUCCUAGAGAACUGACAGAGGAAGAAAAACAACAGGUUCUCCAUUCAGAAGAAUUCCUGAUAUUUUUUGACCGGACAAUACGUGUAAUUGAACGAGCUUUGGCUGAAGAUUCAGAUAUAUUCUUUGACUAUAGUGGCCGAGAUGUGGAAGAGAAGGAUGGAGAUGUUCAAGCUGGAGCCAACCUUUCCUUUAAUCGUCAGUUCUAUGAUGAGCAUUGGUCCAAGCAUCGUGUUGUCACCUGCAUGGAUUGGUCUCUUCAGUACCCAGAGUUGAUGGUUGCUUCUUAUAAUAAUAACGAAGAUGCUCCACAUGAGCCUGAUGGGGUGGCCUUGGUCUGGAACAUGAAGUUUAAGAAGACCACACCAGAAUAUGUUUUCCACUGCCAGUCUUCUGUGAUGUCUGUCUGCUUUGCUCGCUUUCAUCCAAACCUGGUUGUUGGAGGAACUUACUCUGGGCAAAUUGUCCUGUGGGACAAUCGCAGUCACAGGAGAACUCCAGUUCAGCGUACCCCCCUUUCUGCUGCAGCACAUACGCACCCCGUGUACUGUGUGAAUGUAGUUGGAACACAGAAUGCUCACAAUCUCAUUACAGUUUCCACAGAUGGCAAAAUGUGCUCCUGGAGUCUGGAUAUGCUCUCAACUCCACAGGAGAGUAUGGAACUGGUGUACAAUAAAUCCAAACCGGUGGCAGUCACAGGAAUGGCUUUCCCAACAGGAGAUGUCAAUAACUUUGUGGUGGGCAGUGAGGAGGGGACAGUCUACACAGCUUGCCGUCAUGGAAGUAAAGCAGGCAUUGGUGAAAUCUUUGAAGGCCACCAAGGGCCUGUCACAGGAAUCAAUUGCCACAUGGCAGUGGGCCCAAUUGACUUUUCCCAUCUCUUUGUUACAUCGUCAUUUGACUGGACAGUCAAACUGUGGACUACAAAGCACAACAAGCCGCUCUACUCCUUUGAAGACAAUGCAGACUAUGUCUACGAUGUCAUGUGGUCACCAGUGCAUCCCGCGCUCUUCGCCUGCGUGGACGGGAUGGGGCGCUUGGAUCUGUGGAACCUGAAUAAUGACACCGAGGUUCCAACAGCCAGUGUGACCAUCGAAGGAGCUUCUGCCCUCAAUCGUGUCCGUUGGGCGCAAGCUGGGAAAGAGGUAGCAGUUGGUGAUUCAGAAGGCCGCAUCUGGAUCUAUGAUGUUGGAGAGCUUGCUGUUCCACACAAUGACGAAUGGACCCGUUUUGCUCGGACACUCGUUGAAAUCCGUGCCAACAGAGCAGACAGUGAAGAAGAAGGGGCCGUAGAAUUGUCCACCUAGGGAAAGAAAGUCAGCGCUCUUUGUCCGGCACAGUCUCUGUUCCUCGUUGAGUAUGCCAGUGUUCGAUGUUGAAUUGAUAUUGCUGUGGCUUUUGAUGCCAAUGUAUGUACCAGUAUUGCUCAGAGUGCACCAUAUUAAUCACACUGUGCUUUACACAAGGCUGAAAAUAUCCAGAGCGUUUCCAUACUUUAUAUUUCUGUCUGAAAAGUAAGAAAGAAAAGACAAAUCAAACCUUUUAUGGGUUUAGUUGUUGCCUUUUAACUACUUAGUAGCUGUAUUUAAUAGCUAGAAACCCAUGGUUAAACUUGUGCUCACAUGCACUUCUGGCAUAGUCCUAUUAAAUCCAUAUGAAGCCAGAUAUGAUUAUGUGCAGAUGUGGUGUGCUUCACUAUAUGGGACUGGGCCAAAGACUUUAGAUGUGGUGUUUCACAUGGUGACUUACAUUAUGAAUGGAUGUACUAUACAAAAGUUGCUGCUCCUUAUUUAUUGCGGUGUGCUGCAUGGAACAUAUUUAUUUGAAAGCAUUAAAAUAAAUGAUCCAAAAGCAUGUGCAUAAUGAGAGAGCUGCAUUGUCUCUGUGCUGCUGUAGAGGUUACGUUAAGGUCCAAAUAACAAUUACACUACGUCAGUUGUAUUAAAGAUGUAAGAUCCGUAACGGUUUGUUUGAGUGGAUGGAAUGAUUUUUUUUAAAUGCCUAUUAUUUCUAGGCACUUUAACAAUAUUUCAAAUACAGUCAACCAUUGAUACUUGUCAUGCAAGCUAACACUAACAGUCUGACGAAGGGUUAUGGUUCCUGAGUAUGACACUGGUAUCGCUAAUAAAAUGUAUCAAACCCA